ACACACCAGUUUACACGAUUAAAUUCAGUAUAUAAAAUCGCAGUGCGGCCAAAAGUUAUGGACUCAUAGGUAAAUGAAUAAAUGCCAAUGGAUAUUCCUCACUGUUGGAGGCAUGUGCGCAGAUAACCGAAAAGUAACUAACGCCUAUAUAGUCCUUUUGUAAUUUGAAACUUUCCUAUUUAAAGUUUUUGCAAACAAACAGUAGGCGCCAGGAAGUGCUAAUGAAGUAGAUAAAAGAGAGGCGAACCCGACAGCAGAUAACGGAGCCAGGCUAAUAUAAGUGCUGAAGUACGAGAAGAGAGGGAGUCAAAAAGUGAUUGAGUUUGGAUUGUUUUUCCACAGUCUGAAAUAAAGUAUUUAAGGGAUUCGAUCAUUAUAAUUUAACUGUAAUUUAGGUACUCUUACUUAGGUACAGCAGCUUCGAAUUAGAAAUAUAUACGUUUUAAUUAAUAAACCAGUCGUGAAUCGAACAUCAUUAUGAAAAAUUGUACGUUUUUGUGCCUGGCGGUUAUCGCCGCUUUCAUCUACUGCACGUCGGUAGUUCAAGCCAGGAGACCUGACCCCAGAUUCUUCCAUGCCUACGAAGAUUGUACGGGGAAAAAGAGUCUCGAGGCUUGCCGUCACCAAAGCUAUUCCGAUGGACAUUGCGUAGGUCGUCGAACAAUUGAGUGCUCCGGAGAUAAGCUUCGUCAUAAAGAUAUACUAAUUUCUCAGCAAAGUGCGCCGCGCGCACAUAAGCAUUAUAAACCUUUUCUGCACUUGUAGUCGAAUAAAAUUUAUCAACUAUAAAAGUUCAAUGCGAUACUAAUCGCUAUGUCUCCCUUUUAUAAAUGGAAUAGUUUUUUCUUCAUUAUAUUAAAGACUUUAAAGAUUAAUAAAUAAAUGUAUCCUUGAAUACUAAAUCAUCAGCUUAAAUAUACCCGAGUUCCAUUUACCGAAGUAAUACAGGUCACAAUAAAGAGGGUCCUUUUACCAUCUCCUCUAUAAUAUACUUUCGACUGCUCGUCACCAGCUGAUAUAUAGACGCCACGCCACAGCUUGGAACCCAGUCGGUGACAAAAAGCAAGACUAUAAUGCACUUAACGAAGAAAAACAAAGUGAAACGCCAAAAAAAGAAGAUCUGAGUGGCAUAGAAGAAGAAGAAGAGGAAGCGAAGAGAGAAGUGCGAUUUGAAUGAUUGGCCUGAGGGGUAAGGAUGCCAUGGUAACUGCGGACAACAAGCUGUCAGAUGAUAGGCAAAGUUUUGAUCAAUAACAGGUGACUGCCGUGGAAAGAGCGAGAGGCCGACUUCUGCCGACAAACAAGGGCCUCGACGGCGCAAGAUAGACAGAGCUACGGCUAUAAGAUUUUAGAUUUAGAUUUCGCUUCGAGGAUAGGGAAUCGCGAGUGGUGAGUUGAGGGCGAGUGAGAUAUAUAGAUAAGCACGGAUAGCGGAGUAGAUCGAGUGGAAGGAAGACGAUGAGAAAUGGUUGAGGUACACCACUUCUUUACCCUAUGCAACAAUACAUGUUGUAUGAACGAGAGCAGGUGCGUCACACACAUACGGCUGAGCUUCGAGGAAGCGUGUAAGCAACGCGACGUACGAGGAAAAACAACACGAGGCGCCGGGGGUGACUCCGUAGAGGGAGAAGAGCGAAGAGCGUAAGGAGAGUUAGUCAGGGCGCAGUCAGUCAGCGUGUGCCCGCAGCGCCGGCGAGCGAAGUGAGCGCGCGCCGCUCGCCUCUGCCGAUAUGAACGAAAGUCCUGCAGUUAUUUUACUUUAAUUUUCACGGGUUUCGUCCCCUUUUUCCGGAUACCACGAAUUGCCAGGAAGUCGACUCCGUGGAAGUGUUGAUUUUUUUGACAGAAGAAUUUCUGCCACAUUCGACGUUCCGAUGAGCAAUGCGACCAUGUCCCGUCGUCCAGCCGGUCCGGUGCGUCAACACUCUCUGCAGCAACCUCCUCGUAGACAGCAGCAGAUUCGUCGCCAACGAUCCACAGAAGAUGAGCGGAACCUGCAGAUCUACUCGACCUCCAACUCUCUCGCCUCGUCUCGCAACAACAGGUUCUCCACCAACAACCCCAACAAGUACGAGCAUCACCAUCAUCACCACCAUCACAACCACGUGUCAACGUUGGAACGGCCCAAGGUCCGAGUGGCCUGGAGCGAGCACCAGUCUCAAAAGUCCAAGAACGACGGGGGUGUCGAGAUUGUCGCUCGCCAGAUCCCUACGGGAAAGUCCACCAGCAGACCCGCAACUGGCAGAGCCAACCGAGGCAGAUGUCCACUGGCUGAAAAGGCUACGAUACUGUACUCCAGACAGGAGCUGGCCGAGAGACUCAGGCUCGCCUGGAGGCAGAGAGAAGAGAACAAGUCCAACAUCGACAUAUUCCUGGCGCAUAACACGGUGGAGGAGAGAUGCGAGUCGAGGAUGUCCAGCGCGACCAAUCGGACCGCACUGUCGAGCCCCAAGCUGCCGGUGAACGACGAGGGUGUCGAAGAGAUGAGGGAGCGCGUAGAGGAGGCGAGAAAGGACGACAAGCCGUUGGCGGAGCGUGGUGAAGCGAGAGAGAUGGACGAACGCAAAUUUCAGACCUGGUUCACGUCGUUCGAAUCCACGCAAGUCACCUUGCUGUCGGAAGAUCCCGUCGACGUAGAACACGACGAUCAACUCGCCAAGGCAGAGGAGAACCUGGAAACUCCAGUGGAGGACGAGAAGAACGACCAAGAUGAACCAGUAGUGGAGAAGAAAUCCUCCAUCAGCAUCAACUGCAACGACUGGAACGCCUCGAUCACGAUAAACAACAAGCCGAGCGAUCCGCCGAUCGAGGACAGCAAACCCCCGACUCCUUCGAAAGAGGCCAGCCCGGACUUCUCCCAGGCCAGACUAAAGCGAGCGAGUUACCAGAGCGGGCUGAACAAAGCCUUCGUCGGCCCCAUAACUCCGGACAAGCCUCCAACUCCGCGGAUCAGCAGCCGCGUGAACAGCUUCCAGCAGGAGCCCGGUCAGUCUCGUUUCCGGCGAACGAGUUCGGCGCCGCCUCAGCGUCGCACCCAGGUGAGCAUCGUCAUCGACACCCCGAGCAUGGCGUCGUUCCGAGAGAUCGGCGAACCCGCGCAGCAGACCCGAGCGAUGAGCGCCAACGGCGAACCGACGAAGAAUCCGAUCGCCUCGAAUCGGCCGAUCAAAUCGGCGCCACCGGUCAAGCGGAGGUCCAAGGGCGGCAAGAAGAGGGGACUGUCCACGGGGUGCUCCAAGGCCGGGGGCGAAGACGAUGGCGAGGAGGCCAGGAGCAAAGGCAGAGGGUCGAAAGGGGGGAAGAACGUCGGGACGCUGGAGACGAGGGGGGCAGCGGACGUGGUGACGAUGGUGUCGCUGGUCAGCUCGGCCGACAGCGAGAGCGAGAUGGACGAGAACUCGCCGAGGGACGACAAGCUCAUCUGCGAGCUCAGGAACAAGCUGCCCACCACGCCCAUCAUCAAGUCUUCCAACGGGCUGUCCGGCGGUAUGAGGAAGCCGUUCAAAUCAGUCUCGUUUCAGCAGGACUCCUUCGACUACGACUCGCCGCCCCGUCUGGACCACGAGAGCACCCCCGUGACCGUAACAACGACGACGAGCAGCCGAACGACGUCGUUGCAAGCUCGUUUCGUCGCGCUUAGCCGCGCGAACGUCGCAUCGUCGCCGGACGACACGGCCUUGCUGACGGCCGCGACGAUGACGAUGAGCGCCUGGUCGAAGGCGGAGAUCUGUCCCGUAGCGGCGCCUCUGCUGCAGCUCCAGCCGCAGAAGGGUUUCCUGCAGGAGCCGCCGGUGGCGCAGAUCGAGACGCCGUUGACGGAUCGGGAGAAGAGGUGCCUCGCUGUGCCUAUCGGGGACAUCCACGAUAAGAAGAGGAAGCUGGUGAGGUGUCGCAGUGCCCUCGCUGCGCCUCGACUUGGGCAUCGCGGUGUCCCUCCUCGACUCUCAAAGGGUCGCCGGCUUCUUUGGAUGGCAGACGAACGAUCGUUUCUCCCGCUUACCCUGUUCCAGCGAGUCGGAGAAGCAGCAGUCGUCCGAUACGAGCCAGACCUGUCUCCAGCCGGAAAUGAGGAUGUCACAGGCGGCCAGAGGACUACCGGAGAGCCAUCCUUCCAAGGUCAUCAGGAUGCCCAUGACGCCAACGACGGAGACGAGGCUGGAGAAAGACAAGGAGGUGCCGACGGAGCCUUACUGCCAGACGCCCAAGGAAAGGGAAUGCUGGCACCUGUACAGAAGGAUGUGCGACAAGGGAGUUUUCGUAUCGUUCGAUACGGUCUUGAGAGGCAUGCUAACCCCGACGGAGUAUCGAUUGCGCCAAAAGGAAAUGAGCCAAAACUGCUGACAGUCCGACAAAUCUUUAUAUGUUUUUAGCAACGACAACGACGUCGAGUGUAUAAUUCGUCCCGAUAACGUCAACAAAGUGUAAAGGCCGCAUGCUCAUGGGAUUGAUUUAUUACCAAAAAAGAGAGCAGAAUUGUAGAAAGAGUUGAAACCGUGUUUUGCACGGCGAGUAAACUUAUGCUUAAUAAUUGCGACAACGAGAUGUAAUUAGCAAUAAAAAGAUACUUUUUAAGAAACAGUAAA